CGUAUAAUAAUAAUAGCUAAUAUCCUAUAGUCUAGUUCUGUCGUGUCGUCGUACGCCUUGUUCCUUGUGAACUGGUGUCAACUGUACUUUCCGUCGUGAAACAUGAAAAGCAAAAUCAAAUUAGUACCGCGUUCUUUCGAGCUUGAGGGAUAGCCAAUACUAUUUGAUUGCGUGCACACGUUUUUGGUUUUCGUGUCGUUCAAACGUUACCGGAUCGACUAGAUCGUGGUGAACAGCAAUCCAAUCGCGUUACGUUCAUAAAUGAUUGAUCAACUGCGUAUGUAAUUGUUUUCUCUCGAAGGUAAACCGAAGACAUCCAUACCCGUCAGAUAAUAUGAGUCAACAACCAGACAACCAUAUCAUGGACAUUCCUCCUCCUGUUUAUACAAACAUAGUAACUAAUCCUCAAACUGGUGAAUCAGAAAAUGGAAAUGUUGAAGUUACACAGCAAACUUCUUCACAAAAUCCAGUUCAUUCACCAACAUCACCACAGCAUUAUGAAGUGCAUCCACCUAGAUUAGACUUUUCAGCACCUCCGCCAUAUGAAGAUUGUAACCAAGAUUUUGUGAAGUUACCAACUUAUGAGGAAGUGCAAAUGGAAAAACGUUUAGAAGGAGAAAUGUCUCCAAGAUUGCCUGGCAGAGUUAUUGGAGGACCACCAAGUAUUGGACCAUUACCACAAGAAAUACCUGCACAAACAUUGACUGUUCUUACAAUCGAUGCUGCUCCUAAUCCAUGUGAAAUUGAUACUAAUCUAUUAGGCACAGAUUAUAUGUUUUUGACUGCAUUUUUAGUGGCAUUGCUAUUCAAUUGGGUGGGUUUCUUGGUGUUGAUGUGUUUAUGUCAAACGGUUGCGGCACGUUAUGGAGCACUUGCUGGAUUUGGAUUAUCAUUAGCAAAGUGGACAAUGAUAGUAAAACGCAAUACUGAAAUGUCUGAUUUAUCACCAGAAAAUCGAUCAAAUACAUGGCUUUGGUGGUUAGUUAUGGCAUUUGGAUUUUUGAUAUGUAUUCGUGCUGUUAUACAAUACAUGAAUAUUAAACGUGGAUGGAGACUGCUGAGUGUUCCCGCACAAGAACGAGUGCUAUAUUUUUAUUAAAUCCAUAAUAUAAUGGUAAAGUAUUUGAGAUAUUCGUAUAUUUAUUAACAUAUUUUUGUUUGUUUUAUUUUAUUUUUCAAACCAUAAGAAAUUUGUUAAAUCACAGUUAAAAAACCCUAAAAAUUUAAGAUAAAAUUAAUGCAUUAAAUAAAUU